CCCAGCUGGGCGCAAGGGCUGCAAUUGCAAAGCCAGCCAGCGAAAGAGGCGGCUGCUGCUGCUGCUGCUCCCAGGAGCCAGGCACUCAGGGCAGGUCUUGCAGAGCAGGGCAUCUCUGGAACCCAGCACCCGCCAGCAGCCAUGAGCUCCAUCCUGGACGUCAAUACUCUCUAUCAGAACUUGCUCAAUCUGUCACUGAGCGAAGAGCAGGACGUGUCAGGGCCGCAUCUCUCUCGGCGCCACUCUGCCUGUUCCUCGGACACGCCGUACAGCAGCAGCAGUGGAGACCCUUCUCCUGUGUGGCCCCUCCGCAGUCACUGGAGCCCGGCCACUGAGCAGCUUCGCCCCCUGGGAGACCCGGGACGGCGUCCUCCAUUGCGACCCGAUCGUUCAGUCAGCCUCAUUGAAGGGAAGGCCCUCCCUCCGCCUCCACCGCCGGGCUUUCCACCUCUCCGUCUGCCCUCUCUGGCUCCGGCACCAUCUUCCCGCUACAAGACGGAGCUGUGCCGCACCUUCAGCGAGACGGGCAAGUGCAAGUAUGGGGCCAAGUGUCAGUUUGCCCAUGGCACCGCCGAGCUCCGCUCCGUCAGCCGCCACCCCAAGUACAAGACGGAGCUGUGCCACAAGUUCUACCUCCACGGGGAGUGUCCCUAUGGUUCCCGGUGCCACUUCAUCCACUAUCCCGAAGAGGCCCAGUUCCACUCAGCGUCCUCUUCGUCCUCCUCAUCGCCACAGCUUCUCCGCCAAAGUGUCAGCUACUCCGGGGUGCCGACCGCCCGCCGCUCUUCACCUCUGCCCAGCAUCCCUGACCCGGCCUCCUUCGCCCGAGCACCCUCCGUCUCACCUCCACCGGCCUCCUCCAGCGACCUUCUCUCCCCUACUUUCAGCCACCUGAACUCUGACCCUCUUUCCCUCCUUUCCACUUUGAGUGAAUCGCUUCCCACCCCGGUAUCUGGAGGGUGCUGUUCCUGCCGUUGUGGUGGCGGGAAGCCGGCCAACCUGGUAUCCCCUUUCCAGAACCAUCGAGACUACUUCGCCGCCGCCCCUGGGACUCCUACCACGUCCACGGCUUCCCUCCUGCCUCGGACCCCGUCCUCCAACUCUCUCUCCGACCCGGAGUCCUACAGCAGCUCCAGCAGCCUCAGUGGUUCCGACUCGCCCGUUUUCGACAUGCAAGCCCCCGGUGGGCCGACAGCGGGGAGCGCCCACAGGUUGCCUAUCUUCAACCGGAUCUCUGUCUCCGAGUGAGCUGCCCAUGGACUCGAGAGGGGUGUCUAUGAACAUUGAGUUUUUCUUGUCAUUGUUGUCACUGCAGUGUAAGGGGAGGCAGGUUUAACAUUGCACACCUGUCUCUAUAGGGAGAGGGUGGGCCUUCUUGCUCCGUCCUCCCCGAUCGAUGCCCAGGUGGCAUCUUUGGAGCAGCGCCUGCUCCAGGUAUUUAAGCCAGGGUGAUGUCUAUCCCUGGCAGUGCACUAUCAGGUCCUUGGCAGACCUAAGAGAGCUCGGGAGGGCUUUUUCUCCCCCUUCUUUUUCCUGCCUUAGCGCAUCUGAGUGCCUUUCAGGAAAUCCAAAUUCAUUCUGAUUUGUCAUAUUCCUCUCCUUCUGAGAUUUAGUGCCUUAAGGGUUGUGUUGUAUUGCCGUGGUUAGCAAUGCGCGGGCCAUUGCCUUUGGAGAGUGGGCCAAGUUCUUUUUUGCCGUGCUCCAAGAGUUUAGCCAAGAGUUAUCAUUUGGACAGCUGUUUUUUUUGUCUUUCUUUCUUGGUUCUAGAUUUUUUUAUUUAAAAACAAAGCUUUUUGGAAUUUUAAAAUACCUUGUUGCUUAAAUAACAUACUGUGAAUACCCUCCCCUUCCCUCAUCUUUUACCAAAAAGUUGAGAACUUUGGGUCAGGAAUGGGGUGACUGCGUUUUUAAUCUCUUUCCCCACUUGCAAUUCUCUCUCUCUCUCUCUUUCUUUCCAUCCCUAAGCAUUUGAAAUGUUAAAAACAACCUUGCAAGGUAGUGAUCAUCUCCCUGACACCUCGCCAGGCCUUGUGGUCUCCUCUGGAGGAAUCCACUGGGUCUCAGUUGCAACCACUCCUCCGAAUAUCUCAUCGUUUUCAGUCCUAGAGAUUGAGAUUGAGACGCCUUUGGAGUCAAGCCUUCAAUCCAGAGCAUACUGUUGAAUGCAAAGCAUUGCUCCAAUUUCAACCUGGAUCAACCAGAAAGAAUAUUUCUUUUUGUCCAGAGCUGGGCUGGAUGAGACUUCCAAACUGAGGGAGCUUAUGAUCAUUCCUUGGGAUAUUUGGCUCUGAUUCAGGGUUUGUGUCAUCCGAAAAAUCCCCUUCUCCGAGAAUUCAGAUUCCUCCACUUUGCCCGUCCUCUUUCACUUACUUGAAAGAAUUGGGAAGAGAACUCCCAGAUAAUUUGGGAAUUCUUGAAAUUGUUGCAGUCUGAUGUGGUUGUUUUUAAUGAAACAGAUUUGCAAUGCCAAUAAUGUGGAGAUAAAGAGUUGGAGGCAUUUGGAAUUCACCGGAGAAAGGAUUCAUUAUCAAAAGAGAAAAGCCAAGUCUUGAUUUUAGGAGACUUAACCAUGAAUCAAUUCCUGAAUAAAUCCAGCCGAUUGCAAAUAUUGAUGGCAAACUUGCAAAUGUUGCUUUUGUUUUUAAACGGGCUGCAAAUUCCCAUUAUUUCCUAGGAUUCUAGGCAUUUGCAAUCCAAAAAAAGGCAAAAUUUCCAAGCUUGUUCUAAAUUAACUGUGCACUCUCUAAGUUAGCACAUACUUUGCGCUGCUGAGUAUCAUCAACCAAAGAACAUCAGUCCUCAAUAGCAACCACAAAAGGGAGUCAAGAGAGAGUCAAGUGUGCCUUUUUUUUCCUUUUCCUUUUAUAAAUCUGUGUCAAAAUGCUAACCACCUGCAUAUAAUUAUUGCAGCGUUAAUAUGUGUGCGUGUGUUGCUGUUCUGGAAAACAAAGAAAGGAAACCCUUCAUGUUUACCGUGCAACGAGGCGAUGCGCAAAACCAAAAUAUCAACUAUUUAUAGACUCUUAUUUAUUCAAACAGAUUUUAUAUUGUAUUUAUCUUUUUUUGUAAUAUUCCAAAAUAAUAUAUAAUAUAAUUAUAUAUAAAUAUAUAUAUAUAUAUAUAUAUUGUGUGUGAAAUAUGGAAGAAGUGACAUUGUGCAAAAAAAACAUAUUAUAAUAAUGAUUGUUUCAAAAAAGGUUGGGGUUUUCCCCCCCUAAUUCUCCAUUUGAAACAGAAAGUUUCCUAUGUCUGAUAGAAAAUUGCUGAUGAAAAUAAUUGGUGCAGCAGAUAAUUAUUCAGAAUAAUAAAUAUGAAGCUCGGAA